AGAAAUCUAGACGCACCCUAGCGGCCGCAAAAUAUAUUUGCUGCCAGGGUUUAGUCUAGGCACUCACAAUACACUUAACCGGUCCAAAAACCAAAAUUUGGUCAGGCCAAUCACAUCGUGUGUAGCGUCUGUGGGGCGGGCUUAACAUGAUGACGACAGAGCUGCAACGGUUCCUACUUGAAAACAGAGAAUGUUUGCUGCUGCUGGCGAACAGCUAUCUUUUGAAGCGGCUUUGGCCGCGACUCUGGAGGACUUAGACUUAUGUUUUUCUUUGAGAGAAGAGCAAAUAAACCCUACUGAAGUCCUUUUUAAGCAAGAAAGAUGUGUUUGGAGUUUUGCCGACUGGUUACGGUAACUACGUCACCUUCUUCGUUGCUCUGAUCCGUCAUAGCGCUAUCCUAUUGCGUGCAGAGGCAUUUUGAGGGACAACCUUAUAUCCCGCCCCUUGCAUUGAGCCGUUUGUGUGAAGAGUUGCCAGACCUUACAUCUUGAUGUAGGUCUGGCUAACCAGGCUACAGAAUUCUGACUUUUAUCUCAGAAGUAUGGGUACCUGUAAUGGACCAAUGAGAGGGAGUAACUUUGCGUGCUGUAGCCGCCGGAGAACCAUCCAUACACGCUGAACAUGUCGGAUUUAAGUGAGUUUUUGCGUAGUCGAGGGGUCCCAGAUGAAGCAAUUACAUUACUGGAAGAACAAAAGAUUGACAGCGACGUCAUCAUGCUCAUGGAUGAUGCAAAGCUGGCAAAUUACAUCCCCUCCUAUGGAGACCGAAUCACCCUCUUCAAUUACUGUUAAAGCCUCCCCUCAAUAGGAUUUGAUCAGUUUUGCUACUCACAACAAUGCCUGCUAUGUCAGAUUUGGAUGAAUAUAUCAACCUCUACUUCAGACUUUCUUUCAGUAACAAAGAAAUACUUGCAAUUUUAGCACACAACAAUCAAAUAGUAAUAAGUGUCCGGACUUUAAAGAGAAUUUGUAGAAGACUUGGUCUGUUCAGAAGGAAGAACCAGUCUGACUUGGAUGAAGUGCUGGCUUUUGUUCAACAUGAGAUCAUGACUAAUGGACAGAUGCAGGGUUACCGUUGGCUACAUCUUCGUGCUGUUCAACGGGGAUUUGUUGUAUCACAAGAUACCAUCAGACGCAUCAUCAAAUUGGUUGAUCCACAAGGUGUGGAAUUAAGACGAGCCAGACGCUUGAGAAGACGUCAAUACAGCUGCAGAGGGCCAAAUGCGCUUUGGCAUAUGGAUGGCUAUGAUAAGUUAAAGCCCUAUGGCAUUGCCAUCAAUGGCUGUAUAGAUGGCUAUAGUCGCUAUGUGUUAUGGAUGGAGGCCUAUACUACGAACAGUGAUCCUAAAGUAGUUGCAAGUUACUUCAUCAAAACAGUUUCAAGCAUAGGGGGAUGUCCAGAGAGGAUUCGUGCAGACAGGGGAACAGAAAAUGUUUGUGUUGAAGAAAUGCAGAUAUUUUUGCGGCGCAACCACCCAGACAGUUUUGCAGGGGAGAGAAGUUUCCUUUAUGGAAGAAGCACAGCAAACCAGCGCAUUGAGGGAUGGUGGGGUACCCUCCGCAAACAAAGUGCACAGUUCUGGAUGAACUUAUUUCAAACUUUUCAGGAUGAUGGCCACUUCACAGGAGACUUUUUGGACAAAAGUCUCAUCCAAUUCUGUUUCCUUAAUCUUGUUCAGGAUGAACUUGAUGAAGUUGUCAACACAUGGAAUUCACACAAAAUCAGAGCACGAUCAAGUGAUGAUGCGGCAUCGGGUCGGCCAUUUGUGAUGUACUCAUUUCCAGAGUUACACAGUGCUGAGGAUAGACUGAAACCAAUUGUCAUGGAGGAAGUCACUUUGUGUAUGGAAGAGUGUACUCAUAAAGGCCAGUUUCCAUGUGACGAAACUGUUUUUGAACUGUGUUGUCUCCUAAUGGAGGAGAAAGGAUGGGAUGUUCCAGCAGAUCCACUUGAUGCAGCUGAUCUUUACAUCAUGUUAAGAGAGGAAAUACAGAAAAUAAUUUGAUGUGUUUAAGGUGAAUGGGAUGUUGGAUGCAAACAAAGUGCCAACUUUUAAAGGGAUAGUUCACCCAAAAAUGAAAAUUCUAUCAUCAUUUACUCACACUCGUGUUGUUACAAACCCGCAUACAUUUCUUUGUUCU